AUAACGUCGCACACUAUCGCAUUGAUUCAGCGCAAAAAAGUUCAGUCAUGCAUUACGAACAUUCAGCAACAGGACAGAGACAUCAAGCCACUGGAAGCCGAGUACUUGCCACCUAUUCCAGAAGGUCCCUGUAUCCCAGGCCUGACAAGUCCGGGCAAUAACAGUCGCCUUGAAAUGAAGUCCGAGAGAAAAUGCACUUGGAAACCACCACCUCAGCUAGGGGAUCAUGCGACCCGGAUUGUUCUUCGAAGAGCAAUCACUGCUAUCUGUGCACAUGCUGGCUUUGACACCACUUGGAACUCUGUGCUGGAGGUUCUGACAGAUGUCUGCAGCGACAUUUAUCAUCGAAUCUGUUGGCAGCUACGUAGUGUUGUUGACAGGGAGGCACUUACUGGUCAGACUGGCUUUGUGGAUGCCAUGGACCAUGCCUUGCAUGAGUCUGGCUUGGGAGGACUGCAGUCUUUGGUCGAGUUCUUUGAUGACCGCAUAGUCGGCUACAAUCGGCACAUGCUGAAGACCUGCCGCAAGCUACACCAAACCUACCACAAGGUCAAGCUGCCCAAAGCUGCUCAUCAUGACUCCAGAAAUGUCAAGGUAAAGGAGGAGCCAGCAAGUGAGAUCCACUUUCCCAGCCUGGAAGACGGAGAUGAGAACAUGGCAGAGGCAGAAGAGGUGCCCAUGGAUGAGCUUCACCGUGCUCUGCAGAACCUGGAAGGUGGGCCCUUAAAAGAUGAUGACGCAUCCAGGUGGCCUGCACAGCAGCAACAGCAACAGCAACAGCCGCUUGCACACCAUCGCAAGGGUUCAACCGCUUCUUCGGCAGGGCAGCUGGAUGCAGAUGAAGAAAUAGUGAUUGUGAGUGACUCUCCACCACUUUCUGCUGAAGUCAGCAUAGGCUCUCUGGUUGACUCAGUUGAGUCGGGCUCCCUGGACACUACGAGGCUUGGUCGUCCGCCUCCAUUCAAGAAAAAGAAGAAGACAUGAAGCAAGCCCUCAGCAUAUGGGAGAAAUAUCUAUAUUGGGCUUAUAAAUAUGUAAAUAUGAUAGCAAUACAGAAAAUCCAUCAGAAGGAAGGCUCUGUAUACAUUAAUAAUAGAGUACAUGCACUAUAAAGAAGUCAUCAUAUCUGUAUUUUG